GGGGCGGAGCUUGGCUGCUCCGGUGUAAAACGUCUGAGGCCUAGCUCGGGUCGGAGCCCCGGGGUCGAGUAACUGCGGCAGGGAGCGGCGAUGAUCGAGCAGCAGAAGCGCAAGGGGCCGGGCCCGGAGCUGGCGCUAGUGGCGGCGGCGGCCAAGCGGCCCCGGCAUGAGCUGCUGCUGGGGCCCGGCCCGGGCGGGGGGCCGCCGCCUCCGGGGGCCCUGCUGCAGGCGGGCCCUCCACGAUGUUCCUCCCUCCAGGCACCCAUAAUGCUGCUCUCAGGACACGAAGGAGAAGUUUACUGUUGCAAGUUUCAUCCUAAUGGAGCCACUUUAGCCUCUGCCGGAUUUGACAGACUCAUCUUGCUGUGGCAUGUGUAUGGGGAUUGUGAUAAUUUUGCCACACUGAAGGGACACAGUGGAGCAGUUAUGGAGUUGCACUAUAACACUGAUGGCAGCAUGCUCUUCUCAGCAUCCACAGAUAAAACAGUAGCUGUGUGGGAUAGUGAGACUGGAGAAAGAGUGAAAAGGCUGAAGGGGCACACAUCAUUUGUUAACUCCUGUUAUCCGGCGAGGCGGGGACCCCAGCUCGUCUGUACAGGCAGCGAUGAUGGAACAGUAAAGCUGUGGGAUAUUCGUAAAAAAGCUGCUGUCCAGACAUUUCAGAACACUUACCAGGUAUUAGCAGUGACCUUCAAUGACACCAGCGAUCAGAUUAUAUCCGGAGGCAUAGACAAUGAUAUCAAGGUAUGGGACCUUCGCCAGAACAAACUAACGUACACAAUGAGAGGGCAUGCCGACUCAGUGACCGGCCUCAGUUUGAGUUCAGAAGGUUCUUACUUGCUUUCCAACGCAAUGGACAACACAGUUCGAAUCUGGGAUGUGCGACCGUUUGCCCCGAAAGAGAGAUGUGUGAAGAUAUUCCAGGGGAAUGUGCAUAAUUUUGAGAAGAAUCUUCUGAGAUGCUCAUGGUCACCAGAUGGGAGUAAAAUAGCAGGCGGAUCAGCAGACAGUUAUACGUUGAGGAUAACAAAACCUUCAGCACUAACAGAAUGGGGUUUGCAGAGAACUUAUAAUGCGAGACAAACAUGGUCCUUUCUUGAACAAAUUACAGAACAGCUGUAACCACAGACUGAGUAACCGUUGUGUGAUGCUUCCUCUGAGUGCUGCUACAUGAAAUGCUAAUGCUGUUAUUGCUUAGACAAUAAAACAGCUGCUAUUUAUUAACAACUAGAGCUACGGCUGGUCCUUGAUUGGACAGCGCAGCCUGGUGACUCGGGGUGUGUCUACACUACCUGCUGGAUCAGCAGGUAGCGAUGGAUCGAUCGGGGAUCAAUUUAUUGCAUGUAGUGUAGACGCGAUAGAUUGAUCCCGGAUCGCUCUCCCGUUGACUGCUGAACUCCAGCUCGGCGAGAGGCGGAAGCAAAGUUGAUGGGGGAGCGGUGGCCGUCGAUCCCACGCUGCAAGGACGCGAAGUAAGUGAUUCUAAGUCGAUCUAAGAUACGUCAACUUCAGCUAUGCUAUUCUCAUAGCUGAAGUUUCGUAUCUUAGCUUGAUUUCCCCCCUCUCCCCCCCGCCCCCCAAGUGUAGACCAGGCCAAGGUUAAAACUACAGGCUAUUAGAUUAGUUCCAAGGGUGCUGGGUGAAGUCCCACAACCUGAAAUUAACUUUGUGUGUAAUGCAUAAUCAAGUGCAUGUGGUCCUCUCUGUCCUGCCACAAGAUGGACACUGUAUUCUGGACCUGUCCAGAAUACUGUUCCACUAAUACUUGUCCGCACAUCUGUAAAAUGUUUGGUUUCCUACCAGGACUUUAUUUAUAAAAAAAAAAAAGAAAGAAAAAGAAAAGGAAGUGAUUUUGCCUCUUUGAGGUGUAAUAGUAGGCUGCCAAGUAAUGAGGCUUCCUGCUACAUUACGUGGACCCUCAAGAUGACUAAAUUUAGCUGGAGAUCCUUAUGCAUGUGAAAUGAUGAUUUGCUGAGCCUUCAAGAGUUUGUUGUGGCUAAAAGAAGCAAUUAAAAGUGCCUUGCCUCUUCCACAGCAUUAAUGAAAAUAGGUAACAGGGAGAAUAUUGGAGCAAAGAUUUGUCACAGCUCUCACCUACUCAGUUGAAAUAGCGAUACUCUAGUUUAAAUGGAUGCUGCAUUAAUAAGGGUUCAGAACUUACCCAUGCUUGCGGAGAGCAUAUUUUUCUCUUUAAAGAGCUUUGAUGAAGCAGGUAAAGUGUGGUUCCAGUCUGGAAAGUGACUAUGGCUUGCUCAGCGGAUCUGCUCUAUGUGCAUAUCCAGAGUAGCACCUACCUACAUAAUUGACCAAAAAUAAGUUAACCCUGUGGAGCAACCCACAUCUGGGAGCUGGAUUCUGUGUCAGCCAAGAGUUGUUUAAAUUUCUAAUUACAAGGCUCAAUUCUGCCCCCUGUCACUCCUGUGAAACCAUACAGAAGGCAGUAAGAUCAAACAGCUGUAACUAAUUAUUUGUUGAAUCUCGAUUACUGGUAAUACACAAGCCAGAAACGGUGGGUUGGUGGAGGCUUGGCACUCAAAUCUCAGGCUGAGUUUGCAGGGCUGGCAGAAGAGACUUUUAAACAGAGCACAUCUGAUUUGGAGAGAGAGAAAUAUGGGGUCCCUGGGGCCUUUUGCAGAGAUCUGUUUCUGAGUAGUACAACUUUAUAGGUUGCCUUUAUGCAGGUUUUCUUGGCUGGUUGUCCUUUGUGCCCUCAAUUUUUGCAAUGUUCCUUUUGAUGGGUGUACUGAUGCAAAGCAGUUGAGCCAGCCUUCUCAUUCAGCCUGGCCAAUUACUGCAGCAUCACAACUUUUCCCCCAGCUGGCAGAAUUAGUUUGAGAGGCUGGUGAUGUCCACGAAGAGCUCGUCUCUCUGUUAGCAUUUCCGUGCCAAAGCAGGAGAGAGAGCAGUCUAAAUUUAGUCCAUAACUGUCAGCUUUCCUGAGCCCAUUUCAGUGAAUUCUCUAAGAUGUGAAAGGCCACUCAUUACAGGGUUCACAUGAUGAUAAAGCAGUUCUGGUGUCUUUGAAAGGAAGUUACUCAGGUGGGACACAUUGGGGUUUUGCCUGGUUUAUAAUACUUUGCUUAGAGCUCUCUCUCAUUCUGAUUGACAAUAACCCCUAAAAAUCUUACUCUAGCUAGAGUCAAGUCUUCCAGAGAAACUUGGGCAUUAGCUGAACAGCUACUCGCUUAGCCAGACUAGCAGCAAAUGACACAUAAAUAACAAUAUUUACAAUAAUACAUUUCAGACAUUGGUCAGUUUGCGUUCUUGGCUGUAGCAUGAUUUGCAGUGGGCUUUUUUUCCUCAAAAGAAAUUCUCUUUGUAAACAUAAUCUGCUGAACUACUCAUACUGCUAGCAGUUAAUUUCUGAUCCAUCACAUGGAAAUAUUCUAGUGCAGGAGUAGGCAACUUAUGGCAUGCGUGCCGAAGGCGGCACGCAAGCAGAUUUUCAGUGGCACUCACACUGCCGGGGCCUGGCCACUGGUCUGGGGGGCUCUGCAUUUUAAUUUAAUUUUAAAUGAAGCUUCUUAAACAUUUUAAAAACCUUAUUUACUUUACAUACAACAAUAGUUUAGUUAUAUAUUAUAGACUUUUAGAAAGAGACCUUCUAAAAACGUUCAAAUGUAUUACUGGCACGUGAAACCUUAAAUUAGAGUGAAUAAAUGAAGACUCAGCACCGCACUGCUGAAAGGUUGCUGACCCCUGUUCUUGUGUCUCCUUCACAGUAUCCUCCAGCAAAGGUGGCACAGCUGGACAGGACCCAGAAAUGGUGCAAACAGGGCUACGGGAUGGAGACUAGGAAGAGAUUAACAAAAGGGCCUUACAAAAUCUGAUCAGCCCCCUCAUAAACUGUCACUGGGAAGUGAAUCCUGACUUUGUAACUGGUUAGGCGAUGAAAAUCUGUCUAUAAACGUUAUUAGCUGUGAGGAAUUAAACUGUAUCAAGAGCUGGUUUAAUAGGAAAUAAUGAGCCAUUUCUUGGUGGAACAACCUGCCUUUCUAUAGCAGCGCUCAUCUCAAAGUGCACUGACCUGCUCGCUGAGAGCAACUGCUGGGCUGGGCGCUGUCUAGCAGGAAACAGCUGUGCUACACAAUACUUUGUCCCAAACCGCAGAGAAUGCUGAGAUCCAGCUGAAAUUUCAGGAUGAAUUUGUAGGCAGGCGGGAUGGUAACCAGGGACUUCCCCAGGACAAUGGGGUAAGCAUUUCUGCUCUUCCAAAGAGUUACGUAACCGCCAACCUGGUCUCAUCCAGAGCCUGCACGUCAGGCUGUCGGUGCCCUGUACUAGCAUGCUGGGGCAUUGGCACUCAGCUAAAAUCCGCACUGACGCCCCUCCCAUCCCGUAUGCCACCUCAUCUGACAUUAUUAUGGAUGGGUUCAGAGGGGCUCUGUGGCAUGUAAUUCCAGCCAUCUGCCUCCUGUCUGAAACAUCCUAGUAGGGCUCUCACCCCUUUGCAGGUAUAGGCCGAGACACUUGCUGGCUGCACAGGCUGCCGCUCGCGUCUAACCCUUUCUUUUGUCUGUCUGGUAAUGACAGAUUUUCAUCUCUGAAGUAGUCUCUUGACACGUUAAAGUUGGAAGACAAUUGUAACUAUUAAAGUGUAGCUGGGGAAAUGUAAGUUACUGGGAAACCUAGACAAAUUGGGGGCUGGAAGUUUCUUUCCUUUUUGAAAUCCGGCCAUAAGGAUGCUUUCGCCCUCAUAACGACUGUGUC